AAUCUUGCAAUUGCUAGUAUAUGCUCACUGGUGGUGGCGAAUGCUGGAGACUGCAGAGCAAUGCUGUGUCGAAGGGGCAAAGCAAUUGAGAUGUCGAGAGAUCAUAAACCCGUUUGCUUGAGGGAGCUGCGUCGUAUAGAAGCCUCGGGAGGUUAUGUAUACGAUGGGCAUCUCAACGGGCUGCUCAACGUUGCUCGUGCAUUGGGCGACUGGCACAUGGAAGGGCUGAAAGGUGGUGAUGGCGGACCACUUACAUUGGAGCCUGAUCUCAUGACCACGAGGCUCACCAAGGAAGACGAGUUUCUCGUCAUAGGGUGUGACAGCCUGUGGGACGUGUUCCUGAGCCAGAACGCGUUGGAUUUUGCCCGUAGAAGACUCCAGGAACACAAUGACCCAUUGAUGUGCAGCAAGGAUCUUGUCGACAAGGCUCUGAAGCAGAGGAGCGGGGAUAAUUUAUCCGUGGUCGUGGUCUGUAUCCAGCCGGAGCCACCGCCCAAUCUGGUCGUUCCUCGCGGAAGAGUGCAUCAGAGCAUCUCCACCGAAGGGUUGAAGGAGCUGCAAAGCUUCUUGGAUGACUUAGAUAUUUGAGAUUUUGGAUGGCAUCUUCCUCACUUCAUCUUUUUCUUUAUUUACCAUCAUUCUUGAUUGUUGUUGAGAGAAGAUGUAAUUUCAACUGUAACAUAUGCGGCUACUGACAUCAAACUUUUCUUUUUCCUAGUAUAUAUAUUCAAGACACGAAUUAACAAACUUUUUGGCA